CGAAGAGUGAGGUGUGUGCUUGAGGGAGUGGCAACGGACGGUGGUCGGCGGCGGGCAUUCUUAUUGGGUCUUGUUGGUGAAUGUGGUGGCGCUGGUUCUGGCUGUGCCUGAAAAUGAUUUAUAAGCUAUUCUGCUGUUCGGUGAGUCUCGUCUUCUUCUGCUUCAAUGUGUUGUGGUUCUUCUGCAAUCUGGCGAUUCCGUGGUGCACACUCACCCUGCUCAUCAUUUGUGUGGCAUCGAAAUUCGUCAAGCUUCAGCGCAGCCCCAACGAAAAGCGUUUACUCAGUCUCCUCAACACGCCAGACGAUUGGCCCAAUUAUUGGCCCAUCGCGAAUCGUGGUGCCGGCUACGAUGCGCCCGAAAACUCAAAGGCAGCUCUCAAAAAGUGCCUCGCACGUGGCUAUCGCAAUGUCCUUGUGGAUGCCGGUAUAACUGCCUGCAACGAAAUUGUCAUUGCCAAUCGUCUGACUGUGGAGCGUGCCGGCCUAACGGGCAACCUGUCGCAUCAUACGCUCCAUGAACUGCAGCAACUUAGCAUCACAGAGCACCAUCCUAUGGGCUCUCAGUACGAAACGGAGUCUGUUGCCACACUAAAGCAGCUUGCCGAUUUUCUGGAGGAUCAGUGGACUUCGCCCACUUUGUUUCUGAAUCUGCAGGACACAAGCGCCGCUAUGAUUGAUCAAUUGCAGAAGUUUAUGGCUGCAAAUGAAACGUUUACGCAGCGCACAGUUGUCAUUAGUCGGUCGCCGCUGGCCAUUUAUCAGUUGCGCAAAUUGAGGCCUGAAAUCAUAUGUGGUCUUUGGCAUGAGAGCUGUCUAUCGCUGUCUAUACUUAAAUCCUCAACGCUGAUUACCUCAAUUUAUGGCGCAAUCUUGCGUAAUAUUAUUGCGCCUGUAAUUGGCAUUAGUGUCGUGUUUCUCAACAAGGAAGAAUUCAACUUCCACAUCGGCGAUCUGUGGCGCAAUGUGGGCGUUCGUCCAAUUGUGUACAUGGUGAAUUCGCCCAACGAGAAACGCUAUUUUCAGAAAACAAUGAAAACGCAAUACCUCACGGACUCAUUGCGCUCCGAGCCGCAUCUCUUGAUGAAAGCCUAAAAAACGAAGCAUAUAUAAAUUUAAGAAAGGAAAAAAAAAGAAGGAAAACAAAACACACGC